AUGCUUCGAAAGACACUAGCAUUAUGGGAUUCUUCGAUGAAAAUGCAGUGCCUUAAGAAGAAGCUGCGGGCACGCUGUGUGUUGCAGUGCAGCGACAAAAGGCUCUUGACAAAGAAGGAGUUUAUCACGCUAUGCACGACAAAUCCCUAUGCACCCACGAAUGAGCGCAUGACUACAGAUGAGGCGGAACAGCACUUGGAGAGGCUUCAACAGGCGCGGGAAGUGAUACUAAUGGGUGGGUAUGUGUAUAUUAGGCCUUCUGACGUCGUAAACGUUGUAAAUCACCGGCUGCAGCUCCCGACGCUCACUCGAGGAGCUCCGACUUACGUGCAGCAAAGCGCCACCCAACAAUUAGUUGCGGUUUCUAAAGCCAAGAAAAAAGGUGCGGUUUGUAGUCGUGAUUUUUGGGCGAUGGUGUCCUUACUUGGUGCGACGCAAAUGGCAAUCUUAGCGUAUCUGACGUUUCUCGUGUACGGUUGGGAUGUCAUGGAGCCUGUGUGCUAUUUUGUGACGACCUUCACGGCGUUGUGUGCCUUCGCCUAUUCCCUUGUCUGGCGGAGAGAUUGCACCUUUCACGUUGUAGAGGGUCAGUUAUUUCCGUCAAGUGCGGCGCCCGAGACUCAUGGCAGGUCCAUCGUUAGACAAAAUUCUUUGGGCGAUCUAACAACCUCUGCAGGCAAGAGUCCUUUUGAGUCUGCUUCCUGGGAUGAUGAGGAGCUUUCCGAGUUGCUUGAAAACUGUGAUUUCACCGCUUCUGUUGCCGCUGGGGCUGUAAAGGAGAAAAAGUGA